UUGCAUCUUAUAUGAUUAACAUUAUCCCCUUAAACAAGCGACUAGAAUCUCAAACACCGCACCGCCUACUUAUAACCAUCCACUCAUUCCCACUCCCUUCACCUUCACUUCCUACUUCUUCAUCAUGUAUCUUGUAUGAACCCUUUCCUUCUCACAAACAUAAAUACACUCACCUUCCAAGUUUGAUUCCAUAUAUUGUUCAUGGAUUCCAAAGGCUUCACACAAGACGGCACAGUCGAUCUCCAUGGCCGCCCCGUGCUCGCUGACAAGACCGGUAAAUGGAAAGCCUGUGCCUUCCUCGUUGCGUACGAAGCGUUCGAGCGAAUGGCCUUCUACGGUAUAGCUUCGAAUUUGGUAGUAUACUUGACAACCCAACUCCAUGAAGACACUGUUUCAUCAGUUAGAAACGUCAACAACUGGUCCGGAGCCGUUUGGAUCACACCAAUUCUUGGUGCAUACAUAGCUGAUUCCUACUUAGGCCGCUUUUGGACUUUCACCAUUUCAUCUUUGAUUUAUGUCAUAGGGAUGAUCCUCCUAACCAUGGCGGUUUCGGUGAAGAUGUUGAAGCCUAGUUGUGAAAAUGGAGUGUGCAGCAAGGCCACAACUACUCAAAUAGCAUUCUUCUACACUUCCCUCUACAUAAUAGGCAUAGGCGCCGGUGGAACAAAGCCUAACAUCUCCACAUUCGGCGCCGAUCAAUUCGAUGAUCUAAACCCCCAUGAGAAGAAGCUCAAGGCCUCCUUCUUCAACUGGUGGAUGUUCAGCGCUUUCACCGGCGCCUUGUUCGCUACACUCGGCCUCGUCUACAUCCAAGAGAACUUGGGAUGGGGACUCGGAUAUGGAAUCCCAACUGUCGGCCUUAUCUUCUCGUUGAUCAUCUUCUAUGUCGGGACCCCGUUGUAUCGCCACAAGAUUAGGAGGACUAGGAAGCCCGCUAAAGACCUUCUACGAGUCGUUGUCACCGCCCUCGCGAAUGCCAGGCUUGACCGACCUGCCCAUCCCUCCGAGCUUCAUGAGCUCGACCAGGAGUAUUACGUCACUACUAGAAAACGUCGAGUCCAUCACACCCCGAUCUUCAGGUUCCUAGACAUGGCAGCAAUCAAGACAGAGAAAUCCACGAGACAAGCAUGCACAGUGACCCAAGUGGAGGGAGCCAAGCUAGUCCUAGGCAUGUGCAUGAUAUGGGUCGUGACCCUAAUCCCAAGCACCAUCUGGGCCCAAAUCAACACCCUCUUCGUGAAACAGGGCACCACCCUCGACCGCCACCUCGGCCCGACCUUCCAGAUCCCGGCGGCCUCCCUCGGCAGUUUCGUCACCCUCUCCAUGCUCGUCUCUGUCCCCAUGUACGACCGCUACUUCGUCCCCUUCAUGCACCGCCGCAUGGGCAACCCGCGCGGCAUCACUCUGCUCCAGCGCAUCGGCGUCGGUUUCGUCAUCCAGAUCGUGGCCAUCGCCGUGGCCUACGUCGUGGAGGUGCGGCGCAUGCGCGUGGCUGACGCGCACGGGAUCACGGGACCCAACCAGGUGGUCCCCAUGAGCAUAUUCGGCCUCCUCCCGCAGUACGUGCUGCUGGGGGUGGCCGACGUGUUUAACGCCAUCGGGCUGCUAGAGUUCUUCUACGACCAGUCGCCCGAGGACAUGCAGAGCCUCGGGACGACGUUCUUCACUAGCGGGAUAGGGGUCGGGAACUUCUUGAAUAGCUUCCUGGUGACAGUGGUGGAUAAGGUCACCGGGAGGGGAGGAGAGAGGAGUUGGAUUGGGAAGAAUGUGAAUGACUCGCAUUUGGACUAUUACUAUGCUUUUCUUUUCUUGCUCUCCGCGCUCAAUUUGGUCGUCUUUCUCUUGGCGUCCAAUAAGUAUGUGUAUAAAGUAGAGUCGGCCGAGGUGGAAGGGCGUCAACAAAUUAAUGAAGGGAAGACGUUGGGGUUGCAAGUGUGAAUCAUCUUGAUAUAGUAUUAUGUUGUUGAUUUUCUAUUUCUCCGUAAUUUUAUUACAAAUUAGCGAUUAUUGAGGAAUACAUAUGUGUGUAUAUUUGA